AUGCGGAAUUCAAUACGAAAUCAGCUUGAGCAAGAUGGCUACGUAGUGUUAGAAGACUUUCUUCGGCCGGCGGAGUGCGACGAAUUAGUAGCAGCUGGCCAGGAGCUGACAAAACAAACUCCUGAUUCAGAAAAUCUAACGAUAUUUACCACAAUUGAAAGUGAUAAACAGCAACUAAAGGAUUCAUAUUUUAUUGAAAGCAACGAUAAAAUUAGCUUCUUCUACGAAGCCGACGCUAUAGGACCGGACGGAAAACUGCAGGUGGAUCCAAGCAUUUCAUUAAACAAGGUGGGACACGCUUUACACCUUCUACACCCUAUCUUCAGAUGUUACACAUACAGUGACAGGGUCAAGGCUGUUUGCAAUGAACUAGGCUUAAAGGAACCUGCGGUGGUGCAAAGCAUGUUCAUUUACAAGAACCCUGGAUUAGGGGGAGAAGUCGUCGCACAUCAGGACGCUACAUACUUACACACCGAGCCAUUACCAGCGAUAGGUUUCUGGAUAGCUCUAGAAGAUGCUACUAUACAAAAUGGGUGCCUGUGGAUGGCACGAGGCUCUCACAAGUCAGGUGUACACCGGCGACUGAUAAGAAAUCCUGACAAAGAAUCAAAGCAAGCAUUAAUCUAUGAUAAGGGAGCACCUUUUUACCCUGAAUCGAGCUUUACUCCUGUACCUGUUAGUAAAGGUACCUGUAUCUUAAUACACGGGCACGUAGUUCACAAGAGCGCACAAAACAAGAGCGAUAAAAGCCGCCAUGCGUACACUUUCCAUGUGGUAGAGAAAUAUAACAACACGUAUUCACCAGAAAAUUGGCUGCAAGAGGGUGAAAAUGCACCCUUCCUCAACCUGUAUACAACGCCCCAAAUAGUU